AUGGAUCUUAAGUACAAACACCUAGUUGACAAAUUGAAUAUUCAAGAAAAACAAAUAGAUUACUUAGAGAGAGAAAACAAAAGGAGAAAUUUAGUAUUUUUCGGGAUAGAAGAAGAAGGAAGAAGUUACUUCCAGCUUUAUACAAAAGUAGCUUACAUCUUAACGAUGAACAUGAAGUUAUCUUGUGAGAAAUACGAUAUAGAGAACGUUAAACGUAUCGGUAGGAAGGGAAACAAAGUUAGGCCCAUCAUAGUAGCCCUUACCACAUUAGGAAAAAAGAUAGAGAUCCUGAAAAAUAGAAAAUCUCUGGCAAGCACGUCAUAUUACAUACAAGAAGAUUAUCCCAAAAAAGUUUUGGAGCCGGCCAGAAAAAUCGUAAAUGGACAUGACGAUGAAAGUACUAAAAAUCAAGUAGAUUUUAUCCUAUCGAACAAACCAAAAAAGAUAAGGAAGUUAGAUUUUCUCAAUGCCUUACGAGGGCUGCACUAA